AUGGUUGUUCACAUCUUGGGGAAAGGUUUCAAGGGCAAAGAAGUGAUAAAAAUUGCGCUCGCGUCGAAGUUCUACGGCAUCGGCUUGAAAACAUCUGAAACUUUAUGUGCAAAGCUUGGAUUCUACCCAUGGAUGAGGAUGCACCAGCUCUCUGAGCCGCAAAUUAUGAGUAUCACUAGUGAGCUCUCUACUAUGACAAUAGAAGGUAACGCAAGGGCCGUUGUGAAGGAGAAUAUCGCACUGAAGAGAAGAAUCGGAUCAUAUCAGGGUAUGAGACACGCUUUGAACCUGCCGGUCCGCGGCCAGCAUACCAGAAAUAAUGCCAAGACUGCGAGAAGGCUGAAUAGAGUUGACAGACGAGGGUUCCACACCUUGCGUGAGGAAGCCAUUGAACAACCCAAAUCCUCGCUUCGGAAAUUGUGGACUUCUCUCCGUAAAUUCACAAGUUAG